AUAUUAACUAAGAGACAGGAAAACAGGUUUACAGCAAGUCAAUCUGUUGCGAAAAGUACAUGUCAAGUAUGAAGGACCUUCUGUUAACUGUUCUGCUCCACUGUCUGACAUCAGGCACAUGUAGUGAAAGCAAUCCCAUUGAUCGAUACGGAAUAGAUGGAGAAUCUUUUCACCUGGAUGUUGGAGAAUACAACAACAUGACAUUCAAAAAGUUUCUGUGGCUUUAUGCUGAUAAGAAAAAUCUAGUGGAAUAUACUUCCGAAACUGAGCAUGUCGAAAAUUAUAACAAGCAAAACAAGUUUGAGUUUGACGAGAAGAAUUUCUCCUUGCUUAUUAAGAACCUGGAGAAGACAGACAGUGGGCUUUAUAGAGCAGAAACAGUUCAAGAUGAUGGAGACAGGAUUCGUGUUGUUACUUACAAGCUCAGUGUCCAAGCUCCUGUCUCCAAACCCGUCAUCACUAAUACUUCCGACCCUGAAGGAGAAUGCAACUCCACUCUGAAGUGCAAGGUGGAGAAUGGGACGGAACUCUCCAUUACAUGGCUAGGGAAUGGGAUUAAUAGCACCAUGACACAUGGGCGCUCCUCUGAACUUUGUCUGGAUAACAUCACUUGUAACAGCUGGCCGUUAACCUGCUACACAGAGAACAAAGUCAGCAAUUCUUCGGAAACCAUCGAGGCGCUGCAGUGUGAACGUCCAUCGAAUUCUGCUUUACAGUUAAAUUUCUGGCUGAUUCUAAGCAUCGGAAUCAUCGGAAUCAUCAUCCCAAUCAUCAUCAUCAUCAUCAGAAUUUUUUGGAUCAAGCACAGAAAUAAAAAGAAAGAGGAAUAUUUAGUCAGCACAACAGAUGCUUCAGUUGGGGUGAACAGACAGUCGAUAACAACAGAGUACGACGUUGUGAGGCCAGAACGGAUAAAUCAGCCCACAGACCUUCCCCCAGAAAUCACAACCAUCUACGCUACUGUUCGAAAAACAAGCAUCAAAAGCAUUUGUUAAACAACAAUGAAUGGGUGAAAAAUAAGAUAACAUGCGGUAGGUGAUAUAUGUUCAUAGUUUUAUCUUGUAUCGGAAACUGCUAGCAAAAAACACAGAAAGGGGAAAGUCCUUCAUUAAGUUUGGAAAAACGCCCCCGGUGGAAAUGAUGAUGUUAUUUUAAACCCAGUUGUUUAUUUAUAACUAUAUAGGUAAGUACACAAUGGUAUCAGAAAAGGGGUUAGGGUUAUAUGUGGCAGCAGUGUGGAGUAGUGGUUAGGGCUCUGGACUCUUGACCGGAGGGUUGUGGGUUCAAUCCCCAGUGGGGGACACUGCUGUUGUACCCUUGAGCAAGGUACUUUACCUAGAUUGCUCCAGUAAAAACCCAACUGUAAAAAUGGGUAAUUGUAUGUAAAAUAAUGUGAUAUCUGUAUAAUGUGAAAUAAUGUAUAAUGUGAUAUCUUGUAACAAUUGUAAGUCGCCCUGGAUAAGGGCGUCUGCUAAGAAAUAAAUAAUAAUAAUAAUAUAUAGUAACUCUGUAUAGUAAUGAUGUGUAAGCACACAUUAUUAUUUAUUUCUUAGCUGAUGCCCUAACCCAGAGAGACUUACAAGAUAUCACAUUAUUUUUACAUACAAUUACAUUUACAUUCAGUUACCCAUUUAUACAGUUGGGUUUUUUACUGGAGCAAUCUAGGUAAAGUACCUUGCUCAAAGGUACAGCAGCAGUGUCCCCCCCACCUGGGAUUGAACCCAAGACCCUCCGGUCAAGAGUCCAGAGCCCUAAUCACUACUCCACACUGCUGCCCGUGGAUUUACAAAGUAACUAAUAUGUAAUCGCACAGCAAUUAGAGAUGCAAUGGAAAUUCUAUCCGUUUUUUUUAAGACAUAUUUUUUUAAAAAUGAGACAUUCUUUACAUAGUUAUAAAUAAACUUUUAAAAUGUCAUCAACAUUUCCACUGCAGGCAUUUCUCAAAACAUCCUGGAGGACUUCCCCUUUCUGUGGGUGUGUUAUUUUUCUAGUGGUUUCCGAUACAAGAUAAAACUGUGUGGAGUGUAAGAUUUGGCAGUAUAUCACUUACUGCAAAAACUUGCUACCAAAAACACAUGUGUAAGUGUUUGGAUAAGAGUUUAAAGGCUUGACCGUGUUAGUCUGUAUCUUUUUGAUUAUUGCAAGUUUGGUUCCUCCAGUGAUGGAGGUGUUUCAUUUUUACACUCUGUAGAGGGCAAAGACGAUUUUUGGGGACGAUAGCAAACAGGGCAAUAGCUAAGUUUAUAUCUACAGAGUAGUGAAAAACAUACAUUGAACACCAAAAAAUCAUACCGUAGUACCACCUAUACAGAUGUAUACCCCUGUAACACAUCAUAGGAAGAAGUGUGGUUCAGUGGUUAAAGUCCAGGGCUUGUAACCAUAAGGUCACCGGUUCAAAUCCCAUCUCUGCCACUUUUCUGACUCACUGUGUGCGACACUGAGCAAGUCACUUCACCUCCUUGUGCUCCAUCCUGUGGAUGAGGUGUUAAAUCAAUGUCCUAUUGGAAGUGACUCUGCAUAUAAUGCACAGUUCACAGCCUACCUCUGUAGAGCGCUUUGUGAUGGUGAUCCACUAUGAAAGGCGCUAUAUAAAAAGAACGAUAUUGUUAUGUAUUGCUUUGAUCAAAAGUUUUGCAUCACCUAGAAUUUUAGGAUUGACACAUUUGAAAAACUACAUGAACAUAAUUUAGAUAUUUUAUUAUUAUAAUUUAACAGACGCCUUUAUCCAAGGCGACUUACAGAGACUAGGGUGUAUGAACUAUGCAUCAGCUGCAGAGUCACUUACAACUACUUCUCACCCGAAAGACGGAGCACAAGGAGGUGAAGUGACUUGCUCAGGGUCACACAAUGAGUCAGUGGCUGAGGUGGGAUUUGAACCGGGGACCUUCUGGUUACAAGCCCUUGGCUUUAACCACUGGACCACAUAGCCUCCUUUUUCAGGUAAACUUCAGCAAUCUGUUGCUGUUACUGUAAGCUAAGUGACAUACAAGCAAAAUGCAUUUAGUAUAAUCGCUUCCUGUUGUAUAAGCUAGGCGAUAAUGGAAUGAGUGAUAUUCAAUAAACGGGAUAGUUUGAUACGCUGUCAUCAGCAGUAGCAAUUUCUCAGCAGGACCCGUCUACUUGAGUAAUAUUCUGUGUUUCUGUGUUUCCUGGUGUAUUUAUUCAUUCUUCUGCUGAAUAAUUUAAUGUUACGUUUUCUAAUAAAUGUAUUUUUUUUUACUGUA